AUGAGGUACAAGACGAUCACUUCCGCACUCGAUCGCCCAACGUACCGACAAACGCGACGACGCGUCGUGGAGCAAACUUUUCCUAACAAAUCAACGAUCUUGGAGGGUACAAAUACAAGUGGUACACCGAGUUAUCAGAUCAAGACGGAUAGCGCGUCUUUCAACUCUCUAUCGCUCCAACUUUCGGCCACUCGCCCAACGAGCAACUCGGGCAUCGGGUCGCCACCAACGCCAUCCCUCACCUACAAUGUCCGCCAGACCCCUGCUGCGCUCGCUCUUUCCGUAGCCACGUCCACCCUCAUCAGCACUGCUAUCCUCGCCCACCUCGCCAAAGGCCGUUCCAACCGCCGAGUCAUAGAGGACAUCCGUACAAACACGACGCACACCAGCAACGACGCCGCCGUUGCUCAUCCAACCUGUCCCGUCGAUUUUGGCUCGGGCGAUAUUCUCGUGGAGCUCGUUUGUCCCACCCCCUACGCCAAUGCUGGUCCAACUUGCGACCCAGCCUUAAGGCUGAACACCCUCGAGCUUGACUACUACUGGCAAAUGUUCAUUCCCAUCUGUGAAGUUGGUGACGGGCCUGGAACGGAUCUCAUCGACCCUCUUCCUCUGCCAAUGACGUCACCCGUAUCACAACGCACAGACGUCGGCAAGUUCAUUGCGGGUGAUUUGGCUUUCAAUGGAACACGUGGUUACGAUCCCUUUCUGCCAUUACGUGCCUGUCUCUCUACCGAGGGUUGCGACAACAACUGUUCAGUGUUCCAAAUCGACGCCAUGGAGAAAGCUAUCUUGUCUUCUAUCUUCCCUCCGCCUGCAGACUUCACUUUCGAAAACCUUAAUUUGAAGUCCAUUAUUGCUGGCCUCACCGUCCUUAUUGACAUACGCAAACGUCCUUUCAACGUUACCAUCACUAGAUACGUCCAAGGCAACCCCUCCGCCUCUCAUUCAAUGCACUGCCUUCCUCGUGAGGGUGCUCGCUUCAUCCCAACGAUGAUCGCAAGGCAUAUCGCCACCACUGUCCUAACUGCCAUCGAGCAACAAGUGGCCAAGUCAUCUCAUUUCUUCGCGGUCGAAGCAAUCCCUGGUGUUCUGCAAACUGUCAACCUUAUUCGCGAAGAGCUCUCUUUCGAGAAGAUCGAGAUCGUUGUUGCUCUUACUGUGCUCGCCGUCUGCCUGGUCAAGGCACUUCUCUGCAUCUUGUGCAAACUUUCGUGGAUCUUCGGUCGAAAGAAACCUCAAACCACCGGUGCCUUGCUCUCAACAUCCACACACGUCACCACCAUCGACAACUUGGAGAUGGAUGCCAUCUCGGAUGCCAUCUUCAAUGCUCUUCAUCCUCCAGGCUCCUUUCAAAUCGGUGCGAACAUCCAACAAACCUUAGCUACCAUACGAAGGCCGGACACUAUCCUCACCUCGGCUUCUUUCUCCUUUGACCUCGCCCCUAUCGCCGAAGCCACCCCCAAGGACAAUCUUGUCAAUGAUGAUGCGCCUGUCGACGCUGACGUUACUCUCGUCGAAGAGAACGCCAUGUCUUCAGUCGUCGACGUUCAUUACGAGCUCGCGUUCGACCCAGACGAGACUUUUAGAGAGCACAACUAUACAACGGAUAUCGACGGGGAGGACUCGCUGAAGGAGCGAAAACGCAAACCCAGAAAGCGCGGUGGUGAUCGUAGACGUAGACCUAAACAACCCAAGGUUGAGGUCGAAGUUGAGGUCGCUGUCGUUAGAGUGACUGUCUCGACUACAACCGAGACCUUCUCUCAUUCCACAGACGAACGCGCUCCUGAGCUCUCCGAAGACGAUAUCGAGGAAGAGAUCUCUCUUGACUUCAAGGAAACCCCGACUAUAGAAGUUGGGCAAGUCUCUAGCGAGGCUUCUUCUUGGUCUUCUAAAUUCUCAAGGCUGAACCCUGAGGCGCCCGACUUCGUCCCGGUCUCUUCUACUUCCUCUGGCUCUUCUGUUCCUGCUCCAGCUGAUAGUAACGCGAUUCAACCUCCUGCUGUUCCGACCCGGACUCCGAUCUCUGCUCGCCCUCCUGGCCGUCGGCGCCGAAAGCACCAUCGGAAGAACAAGAACAAGGAGAUUGAGGAUGGACGGACUGGGGGCUCCGACGACGACGAGAAUCCCUCCUCUCUCGAUUGA